CUGGCAAUGAAACACUACUGUUCAAACUGGUAUAACAUAUGCAGCACAACCAACUCAGGUGAAUCGUGCUUUCGGGACAAGAAAAAGUGGUUUUCUGCUUAAAAAAUCCGAUGGAAAGGUGAAACGUGUAUGGCAAAGACGUCGUGUACGUAUCGCUGACGGAGAAUUAUGGUUAUAUCAUGCAGAUGAAACAAAACCACCUGUGCGUUUGACUUUAUUAACCUGCCAGGUGAAAUUACCCAUGGAAAAUGUUGAGAAUGAUUCCGCAUUAAAUCAUAGUACUAUCGGUAAUCAACAUUCAGCCUGUGAAGGAAAACUGAACUUUGAUCUUGUUUCAAAUAGUCGAACGUACAACUUUCAAGCAGAAGAUGAACAAGAAUAUGAAGAAUGGAUAAGUGUGUUGAAUAAUGCAAUGCAAGAAGAAUUUAACAAAGCAAUGAAUGGAGAGUCAUCACAUACUUCUCAAUAUGAUCUUUCCGAUUCACUGAAUCUGUCAUCUCAUCGUGGCAAUAGUAACAACAAUAAUAGUAUUACUAAUGGCGGCAGUCUAGCUACCGGUAUUGAUUUAGCCUAUUCAACACUGACAUGUCAAGGGAAUAAUCCUGCUAUCAAUUCUAAGCAUGUAAAAUCGGACAGUUUCGGUGAUAGUCUACCAGGAAGUGAGAAUGAUUUACUCGAUUCCAGUGGUUCGCAAGCUAGUCGGUCACGUGAAAGUCAUUUAGACAAUGUAGAUGCUAUUUCAACAGAUGCAGUUCAUCCUAUUGAAUCUAAAGGACGUCCAUCAAAAGGAGUUAUUCAAUCUUCAUUACGAUUUUAUGCAUCGGGUAAUGAAGUCUGCGCAGAUUGUAGUCGACCUGAUCCUGAAUGGGUUAGUGUAAAUCUAGGCAUAUUAAUAUGCUUAGAAUGCUGUGGAGCACAUAGAGAAUUGGGUGUACACUAUUCUCGAACCCAAUCAUUAUUAAUGGAUGAAUUAUCCACCAAUCAGUUAUUGUUACCUCGAUUUAUCGGGAACCAAUUGUUCAACAGUGUUUUCGAAUCUAGUCUACCAGCAGAAGUUAAACCGAAUGCUACAGAUGCUGUAACUGAUGCUGAUGGAAUGACUCAAAGACGUGCAUUUAUCAAAUCAAAAUAUGUUGAUCGACGUUUCAUAACAAAAACUACAUCGAAUUUAUUAUUGGAUAAUGAUAUUGGCAGUAAUAAUAUGAAAUUAGAUGAUAUGAAUACUAGUUCAACUGCAUCUGUUGUUACCACAACACGUGAUCCAGUUUCACAACGAUUCUUAAGACGAGAUUUGUUAAGAGCAGUGAAAACUGGAGAUCUGCCUUUAUUAAUACAAGUAUACGCUGAGCGAUUAGAUUUAAUGACCCCAUUUCAACCAGAAGACGAUGACUCCACUCCACUGUUGGCGGGAACAACAGCUUUACACAUAGCGAUAGAGACAACAAAUAAAUUUUUACGUCAAAAAUCUGAUAUUAGUUUUUCGUGUUUAUCUGGUGAAACAUCAUGGAACGACAGUGAUGAUAUUCACGAACAGCAAGUGAAACCACCUCAUUGUAAUCUACCGUUGGUUGAAUUCAUUAUACAAAAUGCUUUACCUGGUAGUUUGAAACGUGCCAAUGAGCUGGGCGAUACAGCAUUACAUCAUGCUGCACGUUAUGGUUGUGUAGAUGCACUAAAAUUACUUGUUCAAGCUGGUGGGAUUCCAACUCCUAUCCUUCAACUCACCAAUAAAAAUGGUCAAACAGCAUUGGACAUCGUCGAGGUUAUGCUGACGACCGAAUCAAAUCCCAGUGAACUAGUCGAAGCGUAUAAAAGUUGUCAACAAAUAUUAAAAUUAGCUGAUUUAAUUGCAUCGAGUAUAUCAUCGAAUACUAAUCGUUUAAUGACUGAUUCUAUAUGUUCGUUAUUCCCUAACACUGAUGGUUCCUCGGAGAAAAUAUCAAUGCAUCGUGCUAAUCUAACUGAAUUGUUAGAUCGAUUGAAUUCAGUCAAUUGGUGUCAGCCGACCAAUGCUUUAUCACCAUCCACAACGUCCUAUUGGGCAAAGAGUGGAAAAUAUCGUCCUGCUAAUAAGCGUGUCCCAGUGUCGUCAUCAUCCACAAUAACAACAACACCUGGUGUUAGUACUGCGAAUACCACAACAACGACAACCGCAUCAGAAGCAUUCAGUAGUAAAUUAGGUUAUUUCUCUUUGUCUCCUGUGAUAAAAACCACAAAUCAGUCAUCCAUUUCCAGUCCACGUGAUAUAAACUCUUCUAAGACAACAUCAAGUGGGAAACAAAUAACCUUUGAAGAAAACCGAUAUGCUACAAGCAAAAAUGUACCAACGUUCAACAAACCUAUCCGAUCUUUCAGUCACUAUUCUCCUUCAGCACAUUAUGGUAGUGUAUUGGCAACACUACCUCGUAAAAAAGGUCCUGCUCCUCGUCCACCAUCUAUAGACAGUCAAGCAAAUGAUUCAUUCGAUUCUGGAACAUCGAAUAAAGCUGAUUUUUGGAGUACAUUCAAUCGAUUAGAUAUCAGUCGGAUUCCAAGUUCUCCUUCUGAGGCUGAUAAACAAUUACCCAGUGAUCAUAUUGAUAUAAUAUUAGAUGUUCUAGAAGAAAGACCAACUAUAUCUACACCUUGUGUAAUUACUUCAUCUUCUCCUGCUGGUGAUUUCAUCACCAAUAACACUAAUACUGUUUUUACCUCAAGAACAAUGAAGAGUAUAGGCACUUCUUCGUCUACAAUUCCUAAUGAUAAUGGUGGUGAUGAUAAUGAUGGUAUUACAACAUCUCCACCAAUCCCACCUAAACCUAGUUAUCUAUCCAAUACACUCUAUUCAACUCUGCCUAAUCGAAGUUUACACGUGAAUAGGACUAGUUCUGUUUCGGUUAAUUCAAAUCUACCUACUGUACUUGACUCUUCCAGUUGUUUAACCUCUUCAACAUCAACACCUGCAACUAAAACAAUAACAACAACAACCUCAUCAUCAUCAUCUAGUCAUUGUACCGACUCCUUGAAAUAUUCUUUAUCCCAGCAUAUAAAUGACAGAUUUGGAAAUAUUUCAUCAGCAGCCUGUAUUCCAGCAUCGAUUACUGCAUCACUUGCAUCGAAAUCCGCAGAUUCACCAUCGAAACUAACAAGUAAUGGUAAUAAUAUUUCAGUAGCAAAUUGUAAAGUUGGUGAUCUACUUGAAGCUCUGUAUGACUGUGAAGCAGAGAAUUCUGAUGAGCUGACAUUUUCACGUGGAGAAAUAAUACAAAUAUGUGAUAAGCCAGACGAUGAUUGGUGGGAAGGUGUUAUUCACUCGGAUAAAAAUCGACGUGGAAUGUUCCCAGUCACUUAUGUAAAACCUUAUCAUAACAGCAAUGAUAAUGAUUGAAAUAUAUAUAUAUAUAUAUAUAUAUAUAUAUAUUGUAUACAAUUAACUAACUAACUAACGAAAGCUUAUUCUCUUUGCAUCUCUAAUAUUUACCGUGACCUUUAUUACCACCUACAUUUUUCGAUGAACUACAAUAAUAACAAUAAUAAUAUUCAGUUUUAUCUCUUUAUUUAUAUGUUUUUAUAUAGCUCUUUUGCUUUUAUUGAUUUAUUUGAUUUGUUUUGCUUAUUUCGGAAAAAUGCAAACUUUUAUUUAAUUUGCCUAACCUUUCCUUGAUUGGUGUGUACUUAGAGGAAGAAGAAGCCAAAGAAGAGUACUCUCUUCGUUUUGUUUUUUUCUUUUGUUUUAAUUUCUUGAUUUUCCACAACCACAAUCCACCAUCUCUCCUCCAGAUAUCAUCGACCAAAAGAAGAUAAAAACCCUAGUUACUACUACUUACUUGGACCACACACAGAUUUGUGUGUUAAGUAAGGCAAUCAACAUGUUCUUUCUUAUCGAUUAUUUUAUGGUACUCUAGUACUAAUACUAAUGCCACUACUGCUGAUUUUAUUAUGUUGUUUUAUUCCACUCUUAACACAACAUCUGUAUAUAGAGUGCUGCAAUACUGAUGUGUGUAUGUGUUUGUGUGUACGUAUGUUUGCUUUGGUAGUGAGGUGUUGUAAACAAGACGUGUUUUGUAAAUAAUAAUAAACAUUAUUGAGAUAUGCAUAGAAUUAUACCCUACCAUUACAACUGUUCUUGAGGCAUAUUAUUAGCAAGCAAUAAUAAUAAGUGUUGUUAAUAUUGGCUAUUUUCAAAUAUAUGAUGAGAUUGUCUUCAUCUUCUCACUUGAUUCUGUUCAUCUAGCUUUCUUUAUAAUGUUAAUAAAGGUGAAUAAGUAAAGUAUAUUGAGUAUUAUUCGUUCUCUAUUGUUAUCCUUCUACUUUCGAUGAUCAAUAACUGUUUUAAACAUCCCGGCUAUUCAGUACUGUACGCUUAUUCGUCCGUCUAACCACUGUGUAUAGAUCUAUAUAUAUAUAUAUAUAUAUAUAUAUAUUGAUUGUAUUUCCUCUGGGUUCCCCCCUCUCUAUCUCUCUGUCUCCUUCACCAAUAAACAUUGCACAGGUAUAUUUCUUUGCAUUACAAUCGGACCAAACAGUUGCCACUACUAUGCUGUUUAGAUUAUACACCAUUUUAUACUUUUAUCUUUUUAACUCAGUUUAAUCUUCUUUAGUUUCUAUUAUUUGAGUAGUAUUCAUUAUUAUUAGUAGUAGUAGUAUGUAUAUGUACAUCUUUUGAUGAUGGUUGCCUUCACUCACUUCUAGUCUAAUUGUUAUUGUUAUUUGUAUUACUUGAUUACACAACAACAACAACAACUGAUGGAAAACUCUACUGUUGUUUUGAUCUCCCCCCCCCCGCCUCCUAUCUCUCUCACCCGCCCCCUCUUUGCAUAUGUAAAUUAUUUUUUUUUAAUCUUUGUUGGCUUCAUUGUAAACUUCUUUUCAUUUAUUUAUUUAAUUUUAAUAUGGAUAUUAUUGAUCAUAACAUUUUCUAUUCGUAUACUAUUCACUAUAAUAUUAUUGUUGCUGCUAAUACUGCCAUUAUUAUUAUUAUUAUUACUGCUACUAAAACUACUUUCGGUGGUUUUCAGUAUCAUGAUUUCAGUUUUCGUAUUUUAUAUCUUCUGUAAUGUUGUGAAUUUAAAUAGCUAGCUAUGCAGGAAGAAAAUAAACACAUAUUGGCGUUAGAAAGGAAUAUUCAUACACGGAAAACAAAAGAGACACACACACACACAGAGAAUCAUCUGAUGUCAUUAUUGUUUAUUAUUAUUGUUAUUAUUAUUA